AUGUCAUCGCAGGAAAAAGCGGUGCGACAAAACCCUACCCCAGUAUACGUACGGGGGCUAGAGCUCCGUGUUAAAGAACUAGAGCAACAGCUUUCAUCGCUACUCACACCGUCAAAUGAGCCAGCAAAUUCUUCAUGUCUCUGGAACGAUGUCGAUAUUACACUGCAAGGCUGUUCCUGGGAUUCAGAGAACCAAUCUAUUUACACCACCCAACAGCCGCAUGUUUCAGAUCCCGUGGAAGUCCUGAACGCUAUUCCAGGUUCUUCACCGAAUGGCGGUACAUCUGGCCCAAGAAGAGACAGUCUAGUCGAGGAACUUCGAAUUUUGUCUUUGGAGGCAGCUGCGGAGCGAUAUUUAGGCCCUUCCUCGGGUAUCAAUCUGGCCAAACUUACACAGGCCGUUCUCCUUCAACUGUCGCCAGACCAAGAGGUUUUCGUCUUUGAAGAUGGGAUCAACAACAACCAGCAACAGAGUUCGGUGCCCGACUCUGGUCGUUCCCUAGAACUAGACCCUGUGUUUGGUGAUAUGGGAUUCUCAUUGACUUCACCUCUCCCGCUGAAUGCGUUGAUCGGCAACCAGACUAUUGAAUCCUACGACGAUUCCAUAAAUCUUGCAAUGCUGGACGCGUCGCAUAUCAAUGAUAUUCUGGAGUUUUACUUUGCUCAUUCCCAUACUCUCUACCCAAUCAUAAAGCAAAAGGAAUUCACAUCUGUGCUAUGGAGAGUGUAUGCUGAUCCAUUGGAUCCGCAAGCCCAGUCACCCCUGUGGCAGUUCCGGAUAUGGAUAGUCCUAGCAAUAGGAUCAACCAGCUAUUACUCAGUGUCAUUGAUGGAUGAAUCCGAAUCUGUGCAAUUUUUCAACAAAGCCAUGACCUAUUUCGAAGAAGCGAUGGGAUGUGGAGAUUUGGCUGGGCUUGAGGUUUUGACAUUACAGGUUUCGUACUCAUUCUUUAACAAGAUUGGUCCUAAUACCUGGUUCUUGGUGGGAGUUGCGGCUCGCAUGGCAACAGGCAUGGGGUUGCACAGCGCUGAGGUGUAUCAGUCCCUACCAGUAGCUGUAGCUGAGCAUCAGAAACGUCUUUUUUUCUCACUUUAUAUGAUGGAUAGAGUAGUUUCUUUGGCUUUGGGUCGCCCAUUCGCCAUACAGGACGAUGAUAUCAGUGUCCAGCCUUUCGCGGACGUCGAUGAUGAAAACAUCAAUCCGAACGACAUGAUGCCUUCAGGCUCACUGGAACCCUCCGCCAUGGCCGUUCCCCUUCACAUUCUUGCUCUUCGACAAAUAGCAAGCGACAUUGGAAGCCAAGUUCACUCUUCAAGAUACAACCACCAUAAAACACCGCAGCAAAAGGAAGAGAUCAUUCAAUCACUUCACAAACGCCUGGUUGAGUGGAGACGCAGCAUGCCUUUCCCACUGCCGGACUUACGGUCUACAGUGCCUCAUUUAUGUUCCAGCUGGUUCGACUUUAAUUACUACAUUCAUGUUCUCUCGCUUUACCGUCCCUCGCCUAUUUUACCAACGUUGGACUCUGCCAAAUUAAAAAUUCUCGCCGAGGCUUCCGGAAUGGCUAUUCAGCAAGCGAUUAAUCUUCAUCGACAACGCCGAUUUGCUUACAAUUGGCUCAACCUUGUUUCGGUCUUUAAUUCCGUUCUUUCACUUAUGUAUACCACCACUACUCAGCUGGAUAGUUUAUCGCCUAUUCCAGAUUGUCCCAAGGUUCUAGCCAAUUUUGAGCUGGCCAUUGAGCUGUUGGAAACAUUUGAGAAGAAGUUCCCCUCGGCUACAAAAAUUCAAGGCAUGGUGCAAACUGUCUCGAAGAAGUUGAGAUUGUACACUAUUCCUUCGGAUAGCUUUUGA